GCCGAAGGGAUGCGGUGUAGCGCAGUGAAUAGUGCAACACAGACACCGUGUGAUCUCAAGAAGCAGCGGGUAGGUAGCCGACAUCAGAUCUUAGCUGGCGUCUGUGUCAGUGCUUUUGGGAAGUGUAGCGGCUGACGAGAGAUGCCGAGCAAGGGCGAGCGGACAACUGAGAGGGAGUAUUCCCUGAGCUUCAAUGACCUGUGCCGGCUGCUGUGCGAGAGCGGCAACCGGGGCUCCACUCUCAAUCCAUACUUCCCUCUCAGGUCAGCACCCACGAGACACACACGCGCCUGUGAGUGCAUGCACCCAUCUGUGUCUGUGGGGACACGUGUGUGUGUUGCUGGCUGCAGCUUUGAGACCUAUGGUGACGGCGCGGCGCGGGACGACAUCAUCCACAAGCUGAGCAUGCCGUGCAGCACGCUGCUGUCGCUGGAGAGGGAGGACAGCCACGAGCUCGACAAGGCCGUCAAGGACGCCUAUCCCCCACCCCACACACAGCCUCCCCUCCCACCCUACUAUGGCUUCAAGACCGAGGCCAUCUUUGAGGCGCACAAGAGCGCGUGCAAGGCGCUCGACCACUGUGUGCACAACCGGAUGGAGGAGGGGCUGAAGCGGGUCAAGGAGAUACUGGCCACGGAGCCGCUGUGCGCGCAGGCCAUCCUGGUGCAGGCACAGUUCGAUACCGAAACAUACCGGGUGGGUGGGUGGUUUGUGGCGAGAGAGGGGGAAGAGGAAGACACACAGGGCGUCACAGAAGUUGCGCAUGACGUGGGUAUGGUGUGUAAUGCAUGUUGUCGUCGUGGCGUGUCUUCAGGAUGCGUUGGCUUUGUUCCGUCGUGCGCUGGAGGUGUCGCUCGAGGCGUGUCAGGAGGAUCUGAUAGAUGACCUCAUCCGCCACCCCCUCAGCGACGACGACUGCCGCGCCGUCGAGCCGACAUCCGGCCAGAGCCUGCUGAGCACCGCCCUCGCCGGCCACUCAUCACCUGCCGCCAGCCCCACAUCGUCGUCAGGGGGGAGGAGGAAAGGCACAUCGCGGCGGAACCAGUACAGGGCCCCUAGAGUGGACUCACACACGUAUGUGGGUCUGCGGCCGUGGUAUCGGUCGGUGCUGGGCAUCGCCAUGACAUGUCUUAAGAUCGGGGUCUUCACCAUUAGGGGCGGCAGCGAGGCCAAGGCCCUGGGGCGGGAGAAGGACCCCAGUCGAGAUGCACAGUGGUACCUGCUACAGGCCAGGGAGCACUUCCUGGUGCUCCUCUCCACCGAGAGAUCCGAGCGAGACCCCAAAGCAGUCUGGGGUAAGUCACCGGCACCGCACACACCGAGCAAUGAGGAGGGAAAGGGGAAAUAUGGUGUGUGUGGUGUGGUGUGGUAUGUGCCCUGACCGUGUCUUUCGUGUCAGGUUCCUACCAGCAUUUCAUGCCUUACAUGCCCACGACUCUGCUGUGGAACUGCAUGCCUGUGGAGGCGUGUCUGGCCUUCCUCGACACACACGACAAGAAGGAGACAGCCAACGAGUUCAGCGGGACCACACUCCCGUGGCGCUUCUCCACCGCACUCUGUGACUUUGUCGUCGGCCGGGCGACCGUCAGCCCGCCGCCGGGAGGGGGCCAGACGCUCGACGCCUACCUGAGGCUGCAGGCGCUCAGACAGCUGGCCAUGACACUCGUCAACUGUAAGCCAGCAACAAGAGAUAGAUGCAUCCAUCCAUCAGAGCUUGUGGAUGGAUGCUGUGUGUGCCGUGUGGUGCGCAGGUGCUACUGAGUCUGCGGGCGUGUAUGGCAGCGUCAAUUACAGUUUGCUCGGUACCGGAGAGCGAGAGAGACCACACAGAACAGACACACCGGCCAUCCAUCCAUCCAUGAGUACCUUUCUUCUCUUUAUGUGUGGGUUUUCUCCUCCCUUGAUGCAGGCGACGUGGUAGCAUACAUCAGCGGAACGAAGCCCCUGCCCAAGGCGAGCAUCCCCGUGUGGCUGCCGUCAUACGCCGGGCCGCGCGGCUCCCUCAGCCUCAUCCAGGCAUGUCUCUACGCCAAGCUGGCCGGCGACCUCUGGCAUCGCACACCCUCGGCCCUCGACUUCCUCCACCGUGUCUACAACUCGGCCGUCGCGUCUCUGAUGCUGCACCACAACGACCUCCUGACGCACUCCAAGACUGCUGCCAGCACCGUGCCAAAGGAUGAGCAGAGCUACCGCGGCUUCAUGCGCGCCAUGCUCGGCUCCACAGACACAUCAGGGGCCAGCAGCACCACCACGACAUUCGCCGCCAGCGCGCCGGCGAUCCCUGACGCGAUAGUGGAGAUUGUGAGCGGCGGCAAGACCAUCCUGGAGCGAGCGGCUGACUGUUCGACGGCGCACCUUAAGCUGCUGGUGCAGGCGGGCGUGACGCCUCUGACUCCCAUCCACACCUGCAGCACUGGGUGUUACAAGGACAAGCGCGCCCGAGCCGGCAAGGCGGCCACUGCUGGCAGCACCGCUGAAGCCGACAACGACAACCAGCCCGUCCUUCCGUACCUAUCGCAGAAGGUCGGCUACCACGACCUAGACCCUGAGAUGGCCAUCAUUGCCGCAACGGCCAAGCCCAAAGGCCUCCCGCUCUUCGGCUUCCCGCCCUACCCGGCGCUUGAGGGCCGUGCACCCCCAAAUGUCGCCAGUCUGUGCCGCCUCGAGCAUCGGUCCUGUCUCGAGCUCGCCGUCGCACGAGGCCACGUCGCAUUGGUUCGUUCGCUGCUGCUGAGAAUUGUAGAGAACCAUCUGCUGACGGGCCAUCUGUUCAUGCGCCGGAAGAGGCUGCAGAAGAAGUCCCAGCCCGGCGGCAAGGGCAAGGGAGGAGGCCACACACACACGGGCAAGGGCGCCUCCAGUAGUAGCAGCAGCAGCGGUGCGGGCGGGCCCCAGCAGCCGGCAAGCGGCGACACCGAGGGCGUUGAGUUCGGCGAGUGUCUGCUGGCCACACUCAUGGAGACCCUCGUGCAGGAGCAGCGCGACAGCGACACGGACGAGUAUGCCCGCAUGCUUGAGAUGCUCGUCGGCUUCGGUGCCCCCGAGCCGCCCCAGUCUGCCUCGCUGCCCCUCACCCGCCACCUGGUCACCCUGCGAGGCGUGCAGAUCCGCGACCAUCCCAGGCGAUACACCAUCGUCCGCAACAUUCUCACCACGCUCAGGAUCAAGAUCACCCUGGCAGCCAAGGCCAAGGGCCGGGGCGACACGGGAGGCGAUGUGGCCGGCAAGGAUGAGGCCCUGUGGGAGGGUGUGUGGGAGGAUGAGGGGCCGGCGAGAAACGUCAGCAGAGCACCGCUCAAGGGCACCAUGUCGCAGAGCACGACGGCGUCGUCGGCUGCGCCAUCAGCACGUGGGUCAACGAGGGCGUCGCCCGUGGCCGUGCGGUCCCCCUCGCCCGUCAAGAUUAUUGAGGAUGAGUGGGUGGACUUGGGGGCCAAGAGAAAGACCAGCAAGAAGAAAAAGGCGGCACACAAGGCUGACCAACCCAAUGGCGGCCAAGGCGAUGCGACCAAGUCCGCCAGCACAUCCCCGCCAGAGUCCGCCGACCCAUCCCCCUCCUCUCGUCAAUCGCAUGCCCUGUCGAUGUCUCUCCAGCCGAUAGUGAAGCGCCAGCUUGCUGUGGAGCUGCCCCAGGCCGUGAGGACGGCCGCCAUAGACCUGCUCAAGGUGUGCGAGGCGGCCCUCAAGGCGCCCAUGCCGGAGCGGCAGCUGGACACCGAGAGUGUGCACACGAGGGACUCGGUGGUGCUGGAGGGUGAGGGGCUGCCGCUGCCCAGCCAGACGGUGGAGAUCGUCGGCGGGACUGACGACACGCUCAUCGGCCGGUUUGGGACCUACGUCAGGCCGGCAUCCGACAGCGUCAUGGGUGUUGACGAUGGCGACACGGACGGGCCAGUCGACCCCUCGACGGAGCUGCACGAGGUCCUGCUGGACCCUCUCGUGGUGGAGGACGUCACGCCGACGAGCAGCAAGGACUCGGUUGUGUCGACAAGUGCGGCCCCCGAGUGUGUGUUGGUGCCUCGCUAUGCGUUUCGUGUGGUGUGGCUGCCACCGCCCAAGAUGCUCGGUGGCAAGGAGGUGCGGCUGCAGAACCUGAAGGCCGACCUGCAUCUCAACGGCAGACGGGGAGUCGUCACACAAUAUGGCGGCACUGACAACAAGGGAGAAGACAGGUAUGUACCCAACGAAGGAAUGAGUGCAUCAACCCAUCUCAUCAACCAGAAUCCUGGUCUGCUUCCCCCCUCGUGUAGGUACGUGUGUGAUGUGGAUUAUCGCAUGGGCGAGCAGGGCCCCGACACGAGCGAGACCGACCUGCGCGGCCGCCGUGUGCGGCUGCAUCACCUGCAGCUGCUGAAGCACACACGCAUGGGCGGCAGCAGCCCCAAGGCCCAGCCGCUCAUGGAGGAGCGGGACAUCGAUGCCGAGACGGAGCGUGUGGAGCUGGCCAACGAGGAGGUGCGCGAGAGCCUCUACGCCGACACGCGCAAGCUGCUCAAGUUCUUCGGUGCAUGGGUGCCGGGGCCUCUCGUAGACAUCCAUGCCAUCGACUGACAGACUGACGGACUCACUGUCUAAAUGAAGGGAGGGUCAUAGAUUAGAGUAGCUGCUGCGAGGUGCGCACGACGGCUGAAGGGGCAGGGUGAAGCCGUUCAUCGCGUGGUCUGAGGGAGGCGUUGGGGGCCUCUCUUGCUUGCGAUGUGCUGCUUGAUCCGACUCUUGAAGAGCCCGUGGCGCCUCACCGACCCAGAGGCUGGCUGCUCGGUAAAUAGGCCUCCCAUAGCAAUGCUGAGGCAGGCCGGUCUGCCUGCCUGGGGAUGGAAUGGUAGCCAGCUGUCCUUGUCGACGGACAUAUAGACAAUCUACAUAUGAAUGCCACUCAAUGACCGGUGGGUGAGUGACAUCAGCAUUCAUCGGCCGUGCUGCAGCCAGCUCCCACAGCU